AUGCUCGGCAGUACAGAGCUUGGGUUUGACAAUGCAGCGCAAAUCACAUAUAGACAGUUCUACCAAUGGCUUAUCGGAUUCACGCUUUAUCUAGUUUUCAAUGUUUUAGGAACUAUCAUACAGCUAGCCAGCUUGCCUUUGAUAGUGCUUGCGCCGUUGGGAGCGAUAUCAUUACUCCCGAAUGUUGUCUUCGCGCGAGUGCUGCUUAAGGACAAGAGGAGAGAACUGCUUCAAGGGAUAGUGUUGAUAGUUAUCGGAGCAACUCUGAUUGCGUAUCAUUCAGAUGUCACACCCGAGCAACACCUCAGCUACGAUAGACUUAUGGAGCUGUUUAACAGGAGUGUGAAUCAGGCGUAUCUCGCAAUCCAAUCUCUGGCAACACUUGCAGCAUUAGGAGUUGCCCACAUUUGGGAUAGGAGUCGUACGCAGUCGGCAGCUGAAGCAACACCGCUGAUUGGUGAAGAUAGAAAAGCUCGAUACAAUGGACCGGCUGUUUUAUUUGCAUCGUGUAGUGGCGUACUCAGUGGAAUGUGUUUACUACUGGCUAAAGGUGGUAUUGACGGGAUAAUUGAAAAUUCCGAGUGGAGGGUUUUGCUACACUGGCAGAUUGGGCUGCUGCUUGCGGUAUUAGCAAUAGCAGCAGUGGUUCAACUCUAUUACCUCAACCUAGCACUCAAAUGCAGCGAUCCAUCGCUGAUUUCUCCGCUGGCAUUCUGCUUCUACAACGUCUCAUCAAUUUUGAAUGGAUUGGUGUUCUUUGAUCAGUACUCGCAUACUUCCACAACUGAUCUUAUGACUAUAUCAGCAGGUACAGUCACUCUACUCGUCGGAGUUUGGAUUGUUAGUGGCAAUGGAGACAACAUGGAUCAAGCGGGGAACUUGAGGAACUCAGGGCAUUCGGAGUAUUCGGAACAUUUAGCGCAUACAGAGCACCCUAUUGAAACCAAUAUGCAACACUCCCCACCAAUUUCCCCAAUUCAGGGUUUUAGUAUUGGGAUCAGUGCCAAUUCGCCUGGAUUUGCUUUUAAAGAACAAACACGGCAAAUCAGCUUAAUUAAAAGUAUUACGAACAUGUUUAAAGCUAAAUAG